UUGACAGUGUCAAAUAUGUAUAAGUAAAUUGUCAUUGUCAUAUUUACAUAAAUACUUCGUAAAUUUUUAAUGUUUUACAACAAUGCCUACAAUUAGUAAACAGCAUCACACUGAUAUCUUUCGAAAACUGAUAAGAUUAUUCCAUCACAAGCAUGCGCUAAUCUUCAUCAAUGUCUCUUACGUAAUAGCUGUAUGCACUUAUCUGAUUAUUCUCUGGCAUCAGUAUACAUUUCUAUUCACCGCAGAACAGUCGAUAUUACAAGAGGUAAUAAGUAAUUAAAUUAAAAUGAGUUUCUGUAAUAAAGUUGUUUUGAUAACUGGCGGCAGUGCUGGCAUAGGUGCUGCGACUGCUGAAGUGUUUGCCAAGGAAGGCGCCUCACUCGCAAUAGUUGGAAGAAACGAAAACAAAUUGAAAGAAGUGGCUCAACGUUGUCAAGAAUUAGGAUCUAAAACUCUCACCAUCAAAGCUGACCUGACCAAAGAUGAAGAAGCGGAUAGUAUUGUGAAGAAAACUGUCGACGAAUUUGGAAAAUUGGAUGUUCUUGUCAAUAAUGCAGGGAUAUUGAGGCAAUCAGGUAUCAUGGCAGAUGACUUCUUAUCAUCCUUUGAUGAAGUGAUGAACACAAACAUUCGCGGCCCUGUUCGAGUCACUCGCUCUGCUGUGCCCAGCCUUAUUGAAACGAAAGGGAACAUUGUAAACGUAUCAAGCAUUGCCGCUACUAACGUGAACAGACCAACAUUCAUCGCGUAUAAAACCUCUAAAGCUGCUUUGAACCACUUCACCAGAUGUGUUGCUUUUGAACUUGCUCCUCAUGGUGUAAGAGCAAACUCAGUUAGCCCUGGACCAACACGUACAGACAUAUUUGAAGGAUUACAGGUAAAUGUUGAUUGGUUAUUAGACAAAACAGCUUUACUUAGAGUAUCAGAUCCAGUAGAGAUCGCUGAUCUCAUUGUGUACGUAGCUAGUGAUAAAGCAAAAAGCAUCACUGGUUCUAACUACAUCAUUGAUAACGGUUCAAUGCUAAAAUGAAGUAAAUAGACUUGGCACAGUCAAACAAUGUUUCUAAAUAUACUCUGCCCGACGAAUACAAGAAACGACUCAUGAAAUAUUUCUGUCUAUAAAUAAAUUGGAUGUAAUAAAUUGAUCUUUUGAUUUUUA